UUAAAUUUUUUUAUUUGACACACAACCAGAGCAAAAUGAGGGGAAAUCGUGCAGUGGAGUUACCAGACGACUUCUGGAUCCCCAUCCCUCUGGACACCAACAACAUCACGUCCCUUAGCCCGUUCCUGGUUCCCCAGGAUCACCUAGGAAGCCCAGGAAUCUUUUAUGCCAUGUCAGCUUUUAUGUUUUUCCUGUUUGUGACUGGUACGGCCAUCAAUACUGUCACUAUUGCAUGUACUGCUCAAUAUAAGAAGCUCCGGUCUCAUCUGAACUACAUCCUGGUGAACUUGGCUGUGGCAAACCUCCUCGUCGCCUCUGUGGGCUCCUUUACCUGCUUCUACUGCUUUGCUUUCCGAUACAUGAUUCUUGGGCCACUCGGGUGCAAGAUUGAAGGAUUUACAGCAACUCUUGGUGGUAUGGUGAGCCUCUGGUCUCUCGCUGUGGUAGCUUUUGAAAGAUGGCUGGUUGUCUGCAAGCCACUUGGAAACUUUGCCUUUAAACCUCAACAUGCCAUAGCUUGUUGUGCAAUGACUUGGGUUUUUGCUUCGAUGGCUGCAAUUCCUCCUCUGGUUGGAUGGAGUAGGUAUAUCCCAGAGGGCAUGCAGUGCUCCUGUGGACCAGACUGGUACACAACUAACAACAAGUUCAACAACGAGUCCUAUGUGAUGUUCCUCUUCUGCUUCUGCUUUGCGGUCCCUUUCUUCACCAUCGUUUUCUGCUACUCACAGCUGCUUCUCAUGCUGAAAUCGGCAGCGAAGGCCCAGGCUGAGUCUGCCUCCACCCAGAAGGCAGAGAGGGAAGUGACCAGGAUGGUGGUUGUCAUGGUGCUGGGCUUCCUGGUGUGCUGGAUGCCUUACGCCUCCUUCGCUCUGUGGGUUGUGAACAACCGUGGGCAACCGUUCGACCUGAGACUCGCCACCAUACCCUCCUGCCUCUCUAAAGCCUCCACAGUCUACAACCCAGUUAUUUACAUCCUCCUCAACAAACAGUUCCGCUCAUGUAUAAGGAAGAUGCUGGGGAUGAGUGGAGGCGAUGAUGAGGACUCAUCAACAAAUCAGUCAGUAACUGAAGUCUCUAAAGUCGGUCCUGCUUAGAGUCUUCACUGUUACAUACUGUAAAUAGCACUGCAUGUACAAAUGCCACGACAAAUAGAAUUGUAUUGUUAUUACAGAUAAAGAGUUAUAUGCAAAUGAAAAUGUCAAAAAAAAAACCAAACAACAAACAAACAAACAGAAAGCAUUUGAAUAAUUGAUGCCAGUGAUGAGGUGAUUAUUUUGUUUCUUGAAUCACUGGAGAUGUAAAUGACUAAAAUGUAUGACCUUUGACUCUUGUAUUCUGUACUAAAUUCUAAAAGAAUUUAGAAAUUAAGACGAAAUUAAGUUUCAGGUCACUGGAAACCCAUAGUAGGUAUUACUCAAUGAAGGAAAUGUUUGUAAUAAUCUUUGUAAAUGAAUUUUCAGAAUGUGUACUGCAUUUGUUGUGUUGGAUUUCACAUGACUAUGCAAACACUACAA